AUGUUUACGUCUUUAAUUUCACUUCUCGACACCAAUAAACUGACUGGGGAUAACUAUCCCAUGUGGAAAACGAACCUUAAUGUCAUACUCGUAGUAGAUGAUCUCUACUUUGUCUUAACGGAGGCCUGUCUGGAGGCCGUUAGACUUGACGCCACGAAAGUUGUUCGUGACGCAUAUGAAAGAAGGAUAAAGGCCAACUCMAAGGCCCGAGUCUACAUCUUGGCCAACAUAUCUGAUAUUUUGGCAAAGAAGCAUGAGACCAUGAUCACUGCACUCGAGAUCAUGGAUUCAUUGUACGACAUGUUUGGAAAACUUUUCUCACAAGUCAUGCAUGAAGCUCUCAAAUUCAUCUCCAACUUACGGAUGAAGGAGGGAAAACAUCUGUCUGGGAACAUGUUCUCGAGAAUUAGUUCCUUGAGGCAACUAGAGGCCGGAAAGAUGUCUCUGAGAGUUGGAAUCGGAGAGAUCAUCUCUGUUGUUGCAAUGGGCAGCGUCAAGUUAUUUUUCAGCAAGCGUAGAUACAUGUUAUUAGAUAAUGUGUACAUUGUCCCUCAAAUGAAGAGRAAUUUAAUUUAUGUUGCUUGCUUACUUGAAUAA